GACCGGCUGCAUUUAUAUAAUGGGAGCCAUGUCAGAAGAGGCCAAGACUGAACCAGGGGAUCAAAGUGAGGAGGAGAAGCUCAGCGACGCAGACAUCAAGUCAGAGAAAUUCGAAUACGAUGAGGAUUCUGAUUCCGACGAUGAGGGUCAACGUGCCGCUGCAGCGCUUCUUUGCCAGAAUAGAUCCAUACAAAGCGAAAUCAAGAGGAAAAUCGAAGAACUCGAACAGCAGGAGAUGGACGAGAAGAACAACUUGAAGAAUUUGAAGACUAUUGGUCGUACUAGGUUGCAGGUUCCUGCUGAACUCAGGAUAAGUUCUGGCCCUUCCUUCUUUUCCACGAGAACUCGGCAAGCUCCGAGAUCUGCAUCUGCCAAAGCGACUAUCAAAUUGUCGAAUCCUCCAAAGAAUGUGCAUGCAGUGAGACGGCAUUUGUUUCUGGAAAAGUACAACAUCAAGCCUCAUGGAGUCUACCUCAAAGGAUCGCAGUGGAAGCAGGCGGAUGAUUUCUCCUUGGUCGAGGUGGUCAAGUCUCAACUCAUGGAAGACCUCUUUCGGACGCUUUACCAUGGCAAGGUGCAGCAAGUGCCGCCGCGAGACCGACCGCAAUUCUUCAUCGAUGUACAGAAAAAGAUCGCGGCGAUGUCUUUGGGUGAACUGUGGACGAAUGUGGAGUACAAGAGCGACUGGCACCGUAUCAGCGCUAGAAUGACCAAGCGAGGCUUUGAACAUUCUGCCAAGCAAUGCUAUGUCCGAUACCUCCACAAGGUGCAUCCUGAGUUGAAGAAAGGCAAGUUCUCCAAAGAAGAGGACGCAAGCCUCAUCAAGCUGUCGACACGCUAUGAGGGCUAUGACUGGGAUGUGAUAGCAAAACACAUGCCCAGCUGGAGAACUGCUUGGCGAUGUUUCUCAAGAUAUCAAAGAUGUCUAAACAAUGCAAUUCUCAAGGCUGGUUGGUCCGAAGAGCAGAUGGAGGCCUUGAGGCGAAGUGUCCGCGAGCUUGGCUACUUCCAUGACACCCAAGGGAGCCGGCUCCCUCUUCAAACUAUCGUGAGCAGGCUAGGCCCAGGGAAAUCCACCUUCAACGUUUCAGGCACGCUGGCGAAAUGGAAGCAGAACAUCUAUCAGCAAUCGUCACUUCCUUGGUCUGAAAAGCAGCAAAGGUCUUUGGAUCUGGCCCUCGAGAUAUAUGGACCUGGCUGCAGUGACUGGAAAAUGCUAGGUCGCCAUGUUCCCGAGAGAGAUCCUGCUGACCUCUACUACAAAUGGGAACAAAAUCAGGGUCGGGCUGGAGAGUGGAGCAGUGAGGAAGACGAUGCGUUCCGGAAGGCUGUUGCGAAGUAUGGCCCCGGCAACUGGAGUAUGAUCCGUUCUGAAGUUCCAACCAGAAACCACGGCCAAAUCUACAGUCGCUUCCACAAGCUGUUUCCUGAACAGAGCCGACUUUAUGAUGUACUGCUUGCAACUCGUGCGCGAGUUUUUUCGCGCAAAAGGAGGGACCGUCAUCGUUCCUCUCUUGUGGCCAGUGACUUCGUAGUGAAGCUGACCGUGGAAGACCAACCUGAUGGCCAAAGACGUGGCAUAAAGAGACUUACAACUGGUGACAAAAUGGCUGACAGACAUCUUACACGCAUCAACAAGGUCCUUGCCAAGACGGCGAAAGGCAUCGGUCCCAAAGCCAAGGCGAAGUCAAAGGCCCAGGCAAAGUCAAAGGCCAAGGCCAAGGCAGCCCCAAAAGCAAAGGCCAAGGGAGCUCCCAAAGGAAAGGCCAAGGCAAAGGCCAAGGCAAAUGCCAAGGCAAAGGCCAAGGCCAAGGCCACGGUAAAAGUGGAGCCCAAAGCCAAGGCGAAGGCAGAGGCGAAGGCAGAGCCAAAAGCCAAGAUGGCCAAGGCCAAAGCCAAGUCCAAAGCCAAAGCGAAGGCGAACAGCAAGAGCAAAGGCAAGGCAAGCAAGGUGGAGGAAGUCAAGGUGGAAUACAAUUCAGAGUCCGAGGAAGCGAGCUCAGAAUCCUCUGAAUGGUUGAAAGGUGAACGAUAUCCACCGGUAGAGCCAUUGGAGCUUUCCGAAGAGGAUCGGCGAAUGGCCCUUCUCGUGGAAGCAAUGAGGCUCCGCCGUCUCCGAAGGCUUGUACCCGUCAACCCGCCAACUAGAUCCAACUAGCAGCAAGAGAGUCAAAAG